AUGUCGUUCCUGCGCUUGUCGUCGCUCUCCCGCUCGCGGUCGCUGCUGCAGACACGGUGUCUGUCUACUCACGGUCAUCCGUUCGUGUUCGAUUCGCGCCAUGAGUAUAUGGACUACCUCGAGGCGCACCAGAGCCGCCUGCCCUGGGGUUUCUCCGUGGCCACCACCAAGUUCGAUUUCGUGCCACAAGAGGCGCCCCACCUGCCAGCCAAGAUGACCAUGACACUCAUUAAACCCGUCAAACCCACGUCUCUCUUCGCUGCUGUGUUCACACAGAAUGCCUUCCCCGGUGCCCCUGUCCUUGUGGGUCGCAAGCGCUUGAACGAGCCAAAACUCGGCGCCAUCCUCGUCAACAGCAAAAUUUCCAACGUCUGCGCCAGUGGUGGUGGCGUGGCUGAUGCCGAAGAAGUCUGCGAGAAUCUAGCCAAGCACCUUAGACUGGAGGGAGGCUCUCAGGUGUUGCCCUGCUCCACGGGCGUCAUCGGAUGGCGCAUCCCGGUAGACUCUAUGGUCGAGAACCUCCCCAAGCUCGUCACCAACCUGCAGUCCGAGUCCGUUCUACCUGCUGCCGAGGGGAUUAUGACCACUGAUUUAUACCCGAAGAUCCGCUCCAUGGACGUGUGUGGCGGUCGCAUCGUCGGCAUUGCCAAGGGUGCCGGUAUGAUUGAACCCAACAUGGCGACGAUGCUGUCCUACAUCCUCACCGAUCUGUCGAUCCCGCGUGACGUCUUGCGUCAACUACUGACGGAGGUGGUUGGAGACACGUACAACUCACUGAGUGUGGACACGGACCAGAGCACGUCCGACACGGUGACGCUCGUUUCGUCGGACCAGAUCCCGUUCGACAUGAAGCAGCUGGACGAGUUCAAGACGGCGCUGCACGAGGUGUGUCUGGGGCUGAGCGAGGACAUUGUACGCAACGGUGAAGGUGCGCACCACGUGAUGCGUGUGCGUGUGAGCGGCGCGCUGUCCAACGAGAUGGCGAAGGGUGUCGGCAAGUCGGUGGUCAACUCGCCUCUGCUCAAGUGUGCGGUGGCUGGCAACGACCCCAAUGUGGGCCGCCUCGUCAUGGCUGUGGGCAAGUACAUGGGAACGUACCACAAGGACGUGAACAUUCAGCGUCGCAUGAAGAUCCGGAUGGGCGGCGUUGUCAUCUUCGAGAACGGCGAGAUGGUGCUCAACGACGACAUUGAGGCCAAGCUGGUGGCCCACAUGCGCGACGCAAUGCUGAUUGAACCCACGCGUGGUGGACUGGACGCCAGCUCGCACAACUACCCGCCGCACGGGAAGUUUGUCGAGAUUGAGAUCGACCUGGGUGUUGGCUCCAAGGAGACGCAGGUGCUGGGCAUCGACCUGACGCACGAGUACGUGGCCAUUAAUGCUGACUACCGCUCGUAG